CCUUCUCACACACUGAUGCUGUUCUUUCCUGUCCAGUUUACGAAUAAUUUCUGCAUAUGUCAGCAGCAUUUUGCGGAUCGCCACAGUUUGUCCCGUGUUGUUGCGCUAGUUUCACGAUCAUUCUACUGUGCAAGGUUUGAGAUAAGUUGACAUAAUCUUACUGCCAAAUCAAUCCCAAAAUCGUGCCUCCUGUAACCAAUGGAUCUUCAGAUUUGUUCGGCCUGCAGCAGCCCUACCCCGGUGGGCUCGUCCAUCAGACUCAAGACCUGCCAGCAUUCGUUCUGUGUACUCUGUCUAAAAUAUGCACUCAUAUUUGGCGGAGCACCCGAUCUUCAGUGUCCCUAUCCGCAGGGCACCUUCGAGUGUGGGUCCAAACCUAACGAAGCCGAGGUGCAGUACAUUUUGGAGUACGACGAAGAUGGGCGCCAAGACGGUGGUGAAAAUGGUGGAAAUAUGGUUGCAAUUGGGGCGUUGGAGAACGCGUUGGAUCGGGUCUUGUCUAUUGAUUUGGACGAGUUUCCGGGAGAAGUAACGGAGGAAUUACCCAGAGUGAAUCUGCUGAAUUUGAACGGAGUGGAUGAUACUAAGGGUGUUUCUGAGGUGGAAUCAAAUGGUGCCGAGAGUGCUUUGGAAAGUUCUGAAGAAAAACUUGCAGACGACGAAGAAGAUUUCUUUCUCGACCUUAACAGUUUAUAUGGUAAUGUCGACAUUAAAUUGUCAUCAUCUGGUUCAGAUCAACUCGUAGGGACUGGUGAAACGUCGAAAACUGUAAUGAACUUUUUACCAGAUUGUGGUUCAGAUAUGCUUCAAGGUUCAUUCAUUGAUUCCGCAUUUAAUGAUGUUAUCAUAACCGAAUCAGAUUUUUCAACGCCUGAAGAAAUUCCUUUUAUUAACAGAGAAUCAGAUGAAACUAUCCAAGCAUCAAUAGAAUCAAAGUUUGAUUUCAAUGAUGGCGAACGACCUACUCAAUCCAUUGAAGGUUCGGAAACGGUUUGUUCAGAACAGGAACCCUCGGAAUUGAUGAAGUCGUCAGAAGAAUCACAAGCAUCUAGAUCGGACAUUGGCAAUAACGCGGGGGAAGUCAUACUACCACCACAUAUUGAAGCUGCAAUUCCAUUAACGCUUGAAACAAAAUUUGCUGGGGAACCAUCAACCAUCGUAAAGGACGUUUCCAAAGGAGCCAUACCCAAAGUUAGAAAAGCGUUGGGCCAAGACUCUAACGAUUCGAGCAAUGAAACUCAACCUUCGGAAGAUCAAGAUCUAGCUUUGGCUAUGAAACUUCAGGAGGAGGAAUCCAAAAUUGACAUGGAUCUACUGUUGGCCGUCUCCGAUGCCAACCUUCCACCCAACAUGGAACCCUUCGAGUGUCCGGUAUGCUACGGCCAGUUCAAACCCUACGAAGGUGUUACGUUGGCGUUCUGUUUCCAUUCGUUUUGCAAACCAUGUCUGGCGGAAUCUGUGAAGCACUCGGACGAGUUGGAGAUCACCUGUCCGGCCCUGGUGGAUGGAGAUGUGAAAUGCAGUGCAAUCGUGCAGGACGGUGCCAUUCGGGAUUUGCUUACGGAGGAGGACUUUGGGCGGUUCCAGGAUAGGUGCCUGCAGACUGCUGAGGCCGUCAUUCCGAAUACUUUCCACUGUCUGACGCCAAACUGCCGCGGUUGGGUAGAGCUGAUAGGGGAGGUUGAGUUUUUCGAUUGCUCAAUUUGCUUGGUGCAAAAUUGUGUUUCGUGCAAGGCAAUUCACGGCAACCAAAGCUGCCAGGAUUACCGGGCGAAUAUUCGACGCAAGGAUGACGAUGUCAAGUCGGAGGCUACGUUGAAAACCAUGGUUGAAACCCGCGAGGGAAUGCGCUGCCCCAAGUGUGGUGUGAUGAUUACCAAAAUUGCCGGCUGCGAUUUCAUGACUUGUACGACGUGCAAGACCGGGAUAUGCUGGCCAACGCGUGGCCCACGCUGGGGUCCUGCCGGUCAGGGUGAUAUCAGUGGUGGCUGCCGGUGCAAGGUCGACAAUGGCAGGAGGUGCCACCCGGAGUGCGAGGGGUGUCACUAGGAAAAGGGCAGUGGAAACAAGUAAAAUCGAUCGAUCGAUUAUUGUUCUUAGAAAGUUAAGUACCCUCUUACUUACCAUUCGAUCAAAAUUAUGAACAGAUAUAUUAAGAUUUAUCAUUUGAA